GAAUUAGGAUGCGCGUUACCGUUUCGGGUUUCGAUUCCAUUUCCUUCUUCUCUCUCCUCACCUCCAACGUCCAAUUCCUCUGUCCCUGGCAUCCCAACGACGCCCUCUUCCUCCUCCUCCACCCACCACCACCCAAAACCAGGGGACCCCUAUUCCCCUUCGCCUGACGCCGCCGCCGCCCCAUGGUCCGCCGGCGCCCCUCCGGUGUCUCCCCCUUCGUUGCGGAGGAGACCGACGAGGAAGGCGCCGCGCUAGAAUGGCCCUUCGGCCGCCUCGACGACCUCACGCGCGACGACUUCCGCGCUGCCGCCUACGAGAUCUUCUUCACCGCGUUCCGAUCCGCGCCCGGCAUCGGCAGCCGAUCCGGAAACUACGAUGCCUCUGCCGACCAAGCUGGCCGCUCCCCGGCCUCCUCCCACAUCGCGGCCGGCGCGGGAGGGGGCGCCAAUAUGUCCGUCAAUAGCCGGAUCAAGAAAUCUCUAGGGCUUCGCACGCGGCGGGCCGCCCCGAUGCGGGUCAUGUCGCACCUCUCGUCGCCCGCCAUGUCGCCCGCCAUGGGUGGAGGCGGAGGAACCCUCGGGCCGUCCUCGGGGAAGCUGAGGCAGCGGCCGAUGACCUCCGCGGAGAUCAUGCGGCAGCAGUUGGGCAUCACGGAGCACAGGGAUAACUGCCUCCGGAAAACCCUCGUCCGCACCGUUGUCGGUCAGGGCGGGAAAAAAGCGGAAACCAUCAUUCUUCCCUUGGAGCUCCUUCGCCACUUGAAACCCUCGGAUUUCAGUGACAUGAACGAGUACCACCACUGGCAACGCCGGCAGCUCAAAAUCCUCGAAGCCGGCCUCCUCCUGCACCCUUCCGUCCCCUUGGAUCGAAUGAACUCCGCGGCCAUUCGAUUCGCCGAGGUCAUCCGAUCGAGCGCCGCGAAGCCCAUCGACACCGGCAAGAACUCGGAAGCCAUGCGCACGCUCUGCAACUCCGUCAUGGCCCUCGCCUGGCGUUCCAAUGGAGUUCCCGGCGAGGUGUGCCAUUGGGCCGACGGCUACCCCCUCAACGUCUACCUCUACUUAGCCUUGCUCCGCUCCGUGUUCGACCGGAGAGACGAGACGGUGGUGCUCGACGAAGUAGACGAGCUUCUCGAGCUGAUCAAGAAGACAUGGAGCACCUUCGGCAUCAACCGGAUGGUUCACAACGCGUGCUUCGCUUGGAUCCUGUUCGAGCAGUACAUAGUCACUGGGCAAGUGGAACCCGACCUCAUCUCCGCGACGCUGGCCAUGCUCGUCGAGGUGGCCAACGACGCCAAGAGGCAAGACAGAGAGCCCGGCUACGUGCGAGUCCUAUCAGCUUCGCUGGGCACAAUGCAAGCGUGGGCCGAGAAGCGGCUGCUCGAGUACCACGAGUGGUACGACAAAGGCACGGUCGGGGUGAUGGAGAAUGUGCUCGGCUUGGCGCUUCUCACCUCGCAAAUACUCAGCGAAGAUGCUUCGAGCAACGGAAUUAAUGCCGGGGUUAUCCCCCAGCGCACGCCUCUGUUUCCCACCAAAUUCUCAUCGAUAAGCUGCGUCGAACAGUACGUAAGGUCUUCCUUGAAGAGCGCUUUCACCAAGGUGUUCGAGAAUGGGAACGGAAAGUUCGAUAGCAUGGUGGUCGAAGUAGACGAGGACCCGAACGAUACGCUGGUCCAUCUCGCCAAGGAAGUGGAGAGCUUGGCUGUGUUCGAGAAGGAAAACUACAGUUGCAUACUCAAGAGAUGGCAUCCGGUUCCUGUGGCUGUUUCCCUGGUGACCCUCCACACUUGUUAUGGCAUCGUGCUAAAGCAGCAUUUGUCUCGGAUUGAAGGCCUGACGAACGAGGUGGUUAGGGUCCUGCACAUCGCAGGGAAGCUGGAGAAGAUGCUGGUUCAGAUGGCCGUGGAGGAGUCAGCCGAUGCCGAGGCCGAAGCGAAGAUGAUCUUGAGGGAGAUGGUUCCCUACGAGGUGGAUUCCAUCAUCGUGAGUCUCUUGAGGAACUGGAUAGAUGAGAGGUUGAGGAUGGGGAGGGAGUGCGUUACCAGAGCUAAAGAUACUGAGAGUUGGAACCCGAAGUCGAAGACGGAGCCGUACGCGCAAUCGGCAGUUGAUCUGAUGAAGCUGGCUAAGGUGACAGUGGAUGAGUUCUUCGAGAUCCAAGUUGGAGGGAGGGAUGAUCUUGCUCAGACGCUCGCUGAAGGCUUGGAUUCUCUGAUUCAGGACUACACUUCUUUCGUUGCGUCGUGCGGUUCGAAACAGAGUUAUAGUCCUGCCCUUCCGCCAUUAACGAGAUGCAAUCAGGACUCCAUGAUGCUCCUACUGUGGAAGGCGGCCACCCCGUGCAAAGCCGGCAUCGACCCCGGCCUCAUCGGUUGCAAGUCUGGCAUGAAGCCCAACCUCCUUCCCGUCCGCAAGGGUGCCGGCGACGGCACUAACCACCCCCGCCCCACCGUGAGCCGCGGCACCCAGCGGCUCUACGUCCGCCUCAACACCCUGCACUACCUCCUCGGACUUCUCCACUCUAUCGACAAGUCCUUGUCGUUCUUCUCCCGGCCCGGCCCUUCCCCUUCCCCGCGCACCCCCCGGCGCACCCCCCUCCGCCGCCGCGCCGUCGGCCCCACCCAUUUCGACCUCGCCCGAUCCGCCAUCCACUCCGCGAUCCUCCACGUGGCCGAGGUCGCUGCCCACCGGCUAAUCUUCCUCGACUCCGCCCCUAGCUUCUACGACUCCCUGUACGUCGGCGGCGUGGGCGAGUCCCGCAUCCGACCCACCCUCCGCUCCCUCAAGCAGAACCUCUCCCUCCUCGUCACCGUGCUCAGCGACCGCGCGCAGCCUCUGGCGGUGCGCGAGAUCAUGAAGGCCUCCUUCGAGGCCUUCCUGCUGGUGGUGCUCGCAGGCGGCCCCGCCAGGGCUUUCUACCACUCCGAUUACGGGAUGGUGAUGGAGGACCUGGCGAACUUGAAGCGCAUCUUCUGCACCUGCGGCGAGGGGCUGGUGACGGAGGAGGUGGUGCAGAAGGAGGCGGCGGGGCUGGAGGGGGUGGUGGCGCUGAUGAGCCUGCAGACGGAGAAGCUGGUGGAGGACUUCACUAUCAUGGCUUGCGAGGCUAGCGGGCUGGGGAGGUCCAUGGAGAGGGUGCCUAUGCCGCCGACGACCGGCCGGUGGAGCAGGACCGACGCCAACACGGUGCUCAGGGUACUGUGCCACCGGAACGACGAUGCCGCCAACCGGUUCUUGAAGAAGGCGUUCGAUUUGCCGAAGAGGAAAUGAUGCGAGGAAAUUAAAUAAAUAAAAAAAAUUGUAGAUGGCAUUUAUUUAUUUAUUUCUUUAUCUGUUCACGGAAAAAAAAAAGAGAAAAAAAAAACAAAGAAAAGAAAAUUUGAGUAGGAGGAACUGAGUGGUCCUUUUGCGAAGAAUUGGUUCGGUGAUGAAUGAAGACUACGUAGAGUAGUGGGAUUUAGCUAACGAAACGAAGUCGACUACAUUGGGGACGAGCAAGAUUUUGUGGUGGGGGUCAAUGAAAUAUACAUUUUGAUGCUAAUCAUCAAGUCUUCAAAGUUGUGUACCUACUAAUUAUAUUUAUACAAGACAAUUUAAUUAUUAUACUG